CGCAGCCGGAGCCCGAGGCGGGAGCAGCGAGCAGGCGCCCCGGACACCCGAACGCUGGGUGAGCUGGAUGCUCAUGGUCCCUGGCAUCCCCGAACUGCCGUUUGUGAGGGCUGCUGCUCUACCAGGCCUGGCUCACAGGAGGAUGCCCCGGCCGCCUGCCAGCUCCGGCCUGCACCAUGAGUGAGGAGCGGCGGCUGCCCGGCAGCGCGGUGGGCUGGCUGGCGUGCGGAGGCCUCUCCCUGCUGGCCAACGCCUGGGGCAUCCUCAGCGUCGGCGCGAAGCAGAAGAAAUGGAAGCCGCUGGAGUUCCUGCUGUGCACGCUGGCAGCCACGCACAUGCUCAACGUGGCCGUGCCCAUCGCCACCUACGCGGUGGUGCAGCUGCGGCGGCAGCGCCCUGACUAUGAGUGGAGCGAGGGCCUCUGCAAGGUCUUCGUGUCCACCUUCUACACCCUCACCCUGGCCACCUGCUUCUCCGUCACCUCCCUCUCCUACCACCGCAUGUGGAUGGUCCGCUGGCCCGUCAACUACCGGCUGAGCAACGCCAAGAAGCAGGCGGUCCACACCGUCAUGGGCAUCUGGAUGGUGUCCUUCAUUCUGUCUGCCCUGCCCGCCGUCGGCUGGCACGACACGAGCGAACGCUUCUACACCCACGGCUGCCGCUUCAUCGUAGCCGAGAUCGGCCUGGGCUUCGGCGUCUGCUUCUUGCUGCUGGUGGGCGGCAGCGUGGCCAUGGGCGUGGUCUGCACGGCCAUCGCCCUCUUCCAGACCCUGGCUGGGCAGGUGGGGCGGCGGGCGAACCGCCGCACCUUCACCGUGCCCACCAUCGUGGUGGAGGAUGCCCAGGGCAAGCGCCGCUCCUCCAUCGACGGCUCAGAGCCUGCCAAAACCUCGCUGCAGAUCACCGGCCUGGUGGCCACCAUCGUGGUCAUCUAUGACUGCCUCAUGGGCUUCCCCGUGCUGGUGGUGGGCUUCAGCAGCCUGCGGGCCGACGCCUCUGCGCCCUGGAUGGUGCUGUGCGUGCUGUGGUGCUCUGUGGCCCAGGCCCUGCUGCUGCCUGUGUUCCUCUGGGCCUGUGACCGUUACCGGGCCGACCUCAGGGCCGUCUGGGAGAAGUGCAUGGCCCUCAUGGCCGAUGAUGGGGACUCGGAGGACGAGACCAGCCUGGAGGGCGGCACCCCCCAGGACCUGGCGUCGGAGCGCCCCCUGGAAUUCAGCUAUGGCGCCGACUUUGUGGCCCUGGACAGGAUGACCAAGUAUGAGCUCUCUGCGCUGGAGGGAGGCCUGCCCCCGCUCUGCCCGCUGCGGGCCCUGCCAGAGGACAAGAUGCAGUACCUUCAGGUCCCGCCCACUCGGCGCUUCUCCCACGACGACGCGGACGUGUGGGCGUCCGUCCCGCCGCCCGCGCUGCUGCCGCGCUGGGGCUCCGGCGAGGACCUGGCGGCGCUGGCGGCGCUGGCGCUGCCCGCCGGGCCCGAGCGGCGCCGCGGCGGCCUGCCGGCCUCCGCCGAGGACGCGCCCCCGUACCGACCGCGCCGCCGCUCGGCGGAGAGCCUGCUGUCGCUGCGCCCCGCGGCCCCGGACGGCGGCAGCCCACGCCGCGCCCACGACUCGCCCCCCGGAAGCCCGCGCCGCCGCCCCGGGCCCAGCGCCCGCUCCGCCUCGGUGUCGCUGCUGCCCGACGCCUUCGCCCUGACCGCCUUCGAGCGCGAGCCGCAGGCCCUGCGCCGCCCGCCCGCCGCGGCGCGGCCCUUCCCCGCCGCCCCCGACGGCGCGGAGCCCCGCGGAUCCCCGCGGCCCCCGGGCGGCGGCUCGCGGCGGAGCCCGGGGCCGCGCCGCCUCGCGCGCGCGCACGCGGGGCCCCUGCAGACCGGCCGGAGCGCGUCGUGGGGCGAGCCCGGGGGGCUGCACGCGGCGGGCGGCGGCAGCACCAGCAGCUUCCUGAGCUCCCCGUCCGAGUCCUCGGGCUACGCCACGCUGCACUCGGACUCGCUGGGCUCCGCCUCCUAG